GACCGCGACCAAAUCACGCACCUUUGGCACGAUCUUCUCCACCACCGUUGCCGAGCCCGCACGCUUCCGCCACCGCGCCGCGUCCGUGGAACCCUACUGCCCACUCGGCCAUCGCCGCCGCGCCGUGUGCGCCCGCCCGCCCGCCGGUGGCCGGAUCCAUGGCGGAGACGGACCUGCUCGCGCCCCCCUUUGGCGACCUCCCCUUCCAACCCGCCCCCGGCGACGGGUUCCCGGACUUCCCGGCCCUCGGCGGCGACGACGCGUUCGCCUUCGAGGAUUUCGAUCUGGAAGACCUGGACUUCGACUUCGACGUCGACGUCGACCUCUUGUCGCCCGAUGCGCCGCCGCCCCCCCCUCCGCUGGCGACGUCGUCCUCCUCGGCCGGAUCGCCCGGCUGUGGUGCCUCCUCCUCUAGUUGUAAGAACGAGGAGUCGGCGGAGUCGUCGUCGAGGAGCGCGGUUGGUGGGAGCGACGGGGGAGGCGGCAAGGGUGGGAAGGAGGACGAGGCGAGGCGCCGCGCGCGGCUGGUGCGCAACCGGGAGAGCGCACACCUGUCGCGGCAGAGGAAGAAGCAGUACGUGGAGGAGCUGGAGGGGAAGGUGAAGGUGAUGCAGGCCACCAUCGCCGACCUCACGGCCAGGAUCUCAUGUGUCACGGCCGAGAACGCCGCCCUCAAGCAGCAAUUGAGUGGCGUUGCUGGUGCCGGCGCCCCACCGCCACUGCCCAUGUACCCUGCGGUUUACCCUUUGCCGCCGCCAUGGAUCCACCCAGCCUAUGCGAUGCGUGGCUCGCAGGUGCCACUUGUGCCGAUACCCCGGUUGAAGACCCAGAGGCCUGCGUCCACGCCGGAGCCACCGGCCAAGAAGGCCCGAAAGACCAAGAAGGUUGCAAGUGUUAGCCUCCUUGGAUUGCUGUUCUUGAUGAUGGUCGGUGUGUGUUUGUUUCCUGCGAUAAAUCGGAUGUAUGGUGGAAUUGACGUGGGUGAAGGCGCUGUGUUUGGUCCAUCACAUCAUGGGAGGACUCUGGCUGUAGAAGGGCCACAAAAUAGUGUCUCAAAUGGUAUUGAUCAGAAGGUAACACAGAAUGGAAGCGAAACACUGCCGGCGUUGUUAUAUUUACCAAGGAAUGGGAAGCAUGUCAAGAUCAAUGGAAAUCUUGUUAUUAAGUCCAUUGUUGCAAGUGAGAAAGCUUCUUCCCAUUUGUCCAACCAAGGAAAGGAAGAGACUAGCUUAGCAAUCCCUGGUUAUGUGGCUCCACUAGAAGCUAGGGAAGUUAUGGAUUCUGCUAAAGGAAUGAGGAAUGAACUGAUGGCUUUGGCUCCUGGAGAUCGAAGCAUAUACCACGAGGAUGAUGGAAUGCAGCCGCAAUGGUUUAGUGAAGCCAUGUCAGGUCCCAUGUUAAACUCUGGGAUGUGCACUGAAGUAUUCCAGUUUGAUUUAUCUCCAACACCAGCUCAUGCAAAUGGCAUUGUUCCUGUCUACUCUGGGUCUAUGACUAACUCAUCACAAAAUUGUACUGAAAAUCUUCCUUCUGGCCAUGUUCCCAAGGUGAAGAACAGAAGGAUUUUGUACUCGGAAGCCAUCCCUUUACAAGGCUCAACAGCCAAUGAGACCGAUCACUUCAAAGCACCUCCCAAGAACCAGAGCCAGAGCCAUGCCAGUCGUAAGCCGGCUUCAUCUGUUGUAGUAUCUGUCCUAGCCGAUCCAAGGGAAGCCAGUGAUAGAGAUAGCGAGGGAAGGAUGUCUUCAAAUUCUCUGUCCCGCAUCUUCGUUGUCGUUCUUAUAGAUAGUGUAAAGUAUGUAACAUACUCUUGCGUCCUUCCUUUCAAAAGCCAUAGCCCUCAUCUGUAAACAAGUUUUACACCAUAGUCUGUAACAGGACGGAUCUCCAAAUGAGCUGAUUGUACUGUGAGAUGUUGAUAGAGACAUAUAGAGCUGCUUUUACUGAA